AUGAAAUUUGGCCGCGGCGUUGCAAGGUCUGCCCUGAGCCUCCUGUUUACCGUGGCGGUACUGGGGCCAGGAGUGAAUGGCAGCAGAAACUGGGCCAGCGAGAUUUUGGCCGAUAUUGAAGAUGCUGCAGAGUGCUCAGCCUGCGAGACUCUUCUCGCUGUUCUAAAAGAGCUCGCCCACUUGGGCAACGAUGCAUUUGUCGACGUGAUCACAGACGUUUGUACCGCCUCUGGGGCGGAGGAUGAAGAUGUAUGCACAGGGAUUAUUGCACGCGAAGGACCAAUCUUGGCCCAUGACCUCCGACUCAUGGAUAUUGGCUCCUCUACAUCCCAAUGGUUUUGUGGUUCCAUCUUUGGACUAUGCCAGCCACCCGCAGUCACUGAGUACAGCGUCCCCUUCCCAUCUGCGAAGCCUAACACUACUCGCCCGACCCCCAGCGGCGAGACCCCAAUCCAGAUCGUCCAUUUCAGUGAUAUCCACGUGGACCUUUCGUACGAGACUGGAGCCAGCUGGAACUGUUCCAAAAACAUCUGCUGCCGACCAUACACCUCGGCGGAUGCACCGGGGAACACCUCCUACCCGGCUGGCGCCUAUGGCGACCACCACUGCGAUGCGCCGUUGAGCUUGGAGCAAAGCAUGUACGCAGCGAUCCGAGAGAUUGCACCCCACGCGGCUCUGUCCCUGUUCACGGGCGAUGUGGUCGAGAGUGCCGAGUGGGUGGUCACCAACGCCGAAGUCGUGUCUGAUCUCGACAGCGCCUAUGGCAAUAUGACCAGCAGCAGCCUGCCCCCAGUCUAUGCGGCAGUGGGCAACCACGACGUGAACCCCAUCAACAGCUUCCCCCCCGCCGCGGUCGAUACGACCAUCAGCAGCCAGUACGUAUACGACACACUGUCCUCGUUGUGGGACAGCGUGAUUGGCUCGACGGCAGCUUCGGUGGCGGAAUCGCGUCAAGCCGCUUACUCGGUGGUGUAUGGCGACAAGCUGCGCAUCAUCUCGCUGAACACCAUGCUGUACUACAAGGAGAACUUCUGGAUGUACGAGGAGCCGAUGGAGACGGAUCCCAGUGGCCAGCUCGCGUGGCUGGUGGACGAGCUGCAAGCCGCCGAAAACGCCAGCCAACGGGCAUAUAUUAUCGGACACAUGCCCAUGGGCACCGGGGAUGCAUUCCACGACGCAUCCAACUAUUUCAACCAGAUUGUGGAUCGGUAUGAGGCGACAAUUGCCGCUCUGUUUUUCGGCCACACACACAAAGAUGAAUUCGAAAUCGCCUACAGCGACUACACCGACCAGACGUCCGACACUGCCAUUGCCAUGUCUUAUAUCGCUCCGGCCAUGACGCCCAAGAGCGGCAAUCCGUCCUUCCGCGUGUACACCGUGGACCCCGUGACCUUUGGCGUCCUCGACAUGACCGCGUAUAUCGCCAACAUGUCCGCCAGCACGUACCAGAGCGCCGGCCCCGUCUGGGAAAAGUACUACUCCGUGAAAGAGGCGUACGGUCCACUCGUGACCCCGGCCCUGACUGAUUCCACCGCCGAACUCACUCCUGCCUUCUGGCAUAACCUCACCGAGGUGUUCGCGGACAACUCCACGGCCUUUGACGAGUACUACGCCCGUAAGUCCCGUGGAUGGGACGUGGCGAGCUGCACGGGCACUUGUGUCACCGAUGAGAUCUGUAUGUUGAGAGCAGCAGAGGCGCAGUAUAACUGCAUUACUGUCACGCCGGGUCUGCAGUUCAGCAAGCGUGACGCUGUGUCUGGAGGACAUGCCCAUGACGGAGAAUGCGAGGGGAGUGGUGUGAAGAAAAUCUUCCAGAAAUUGAUGCGUGCCGGAAAUUAAGUAGAGAUGACAUGUACAAAGAUAAUACCUAUGUACCCAAAUAUC